AUGCCACUGGGGACGGGCCCGCUGGCGCCUGCCCAUGGGGACCGGCCCCCCGAGACCACCAGCCCCGAUCCGCCCCCGCCCCUGGUGCCGCCGCUGCCGGCCGGAAGCCUGCCCCCGUUCCCGCCCUACUUCGAAGGCGCCCCCUUCCCGCCCCCGCUCUGGCUGAGGAACACGUAUCGACAGUGGGUGCCGCAGCCGCCCCCCCGGGGCCUCAAGAGGACCCGCCGACGCCUGUCCCGCAACCGCGACCCUGGCCGCCUGGCCCUGAGCCCCAUCCGCCUGCGGCCGCGACGAGUGCUCUGUGAGAAGUGCAAGAACACCCAGAGCCCCCCGGAGGCCAGCCCCGGGCCGCCCGCCACGCCGCGGCCAAGGACGCGGGCCGGCGUGCCACGGAGCCCGGCCAUCAAGAUCUCCUACAGCACGCCCCAGGGCACCGGGGAGGUGGUGGAGAUCCCCCCGCGAGUGCACGGCUCCCUGGAGCCCUUCUGUCCGCCCCCGGCCUCACCCGGAGGCCCGGACCCAGAGCCUCCCAGGGACCGGCCGGCCGCGGGCGCCCCCACCUCCAUCCCCAAGCUGAAGCUGACCCGGCCCCUGCCCCCUGGGGCCGCCCCGCCGCCCCCCAAGAUCCGCCUGAAGCCGCGCCGGCUGGGGGCCGGCGAGCAGGAGCCCAUCUACAGGGCCGAGCUGGUGCAGGAACUCAAGGGCCGAGGGCCCCCGGCCGAAGGUGCCGCCCACCGCGGCGGGCUGGCGGACUCGUCCUCCGCCAGCUCUGGCGAAGACGAUGACUGCAAGGGGUGUCCCCGAGGGGCCCACGGGCCCGACGAUGACGCCGGGCUGGCUUUCCUCGCCACCUGCCCCGGUAGAAGCGGCUGUGCCGGUGAGCUGGCGUGGAGCAGUGACAGCCUGGAUGAGUCCAAGUCGUCCGGCUCGGACGUGACGUCGCUGGACGCCUGCGACUUCUCCCCCGGCGAUGGCGUGUCUGUGCCCUCUUCCUCCAAGGGUGCGAGGCCCACGGUCCCGCCCCUGACGGUCAGGCUGCACACGCAGAGCGUCUCCAAGUGCGUUACCGAGGACGGGAGGACCGUGGCCGUAGGGGACAUCGUGUGGGGUAAGGUUCACGGCUUCCCUUGGUGGCCAGCACGUGUCCUGGACAUUAGUCUUAGCCAGAAGGAGGAUGGGGAGCCCUCCUGGCAAGAAGCGAAAGUCUCGUGGUUUGGUUCUCCAACUACGUCAUUUUUGUCUAUCUCAAAACUGUCCCCUUUCUCUGAAUUUUUCAAACUGAGAUUUAACCGUAAGAAGAAGGGGAUGUAUCGGAAAGCUAUCACAGAGGCUGCCAAUGCCGCCCAGCACGUGGCCCCAGAAAUAAGGGAGCUCUUAACCCAGUUCGAAACGUAACCCGUGUUCCCAGCCAGAGCUGUAUCUGCGGGCCUGGCGUCCCAGGCAGGCUUGCAGUUCAGGCCAGUCGCUCAGUCGUGUCCAGCUCUGUGCAACUCCCUGGACUGCAGCACGCCAGGCCUCCCUGUCCAUCACCAACUCCCGAAGAGGCGUUGCUGUCUCCCAACUCUGAAUAAAAACGUGCCUCCGCUUCUCA